AUGUCUCGUCUUCUACAAACAUCAUUCCUUCAGUCGACUACUUCGCUCCAUUCGAGAACCGGAGCCUCCUCUGUUCCGGGUUUCCGGGUUAACAAGCCGAGAAUCGUCCAUGUGCGAGCGAAGAUCAGAGAGAUUUUCAUGCCGGCGCUCAGCUCCACCAUGACGGAAGGCAAAAUCGUGUCAUGGAUUAGAUCAGAAGGCGAUAAGCUGAGCAAAGGAGAGAGCGUUGUGGUGGUUGAAUCCGACAAGGCGGAUAUGGACGUUGAGACUUUCUACGACGGUUACCUCGCCGCAAUCAUGGUCGAAGAAGGCGGUGUUGCUCCCGUUGGAUCCGCCAUUGCUCUGUUAGCUGAAACAGAGGAAGAAAUCGCCGAUGCUAAGGCUAAAGCUUCAGGUGGUGGCAAUUCUCAAUCUCCUCCGCCUCCUCCUCCUCCGGCUUCUUCUCCCGCCGCUGCCGAAGCACCUGUGGCGGUUGAGAAGAAGGUUUCCGUUUCGGUUCCAUCUCCGAUUGCGUCUGCUGUGCAUCCGGCGUCGGAGGGAGGGAAGAGGAUUGUGGCUUCUCCGUAUGCUAAGAAGCUAGCAAAGGAAUUGAAUGUGGAGUUGGCUGGUUUGAUUGGAAGUGGACCAAUGGGAAGGAUUGUGGCUAAAGAUGUGGAAGCGGCGGUAGCUGGAGGAGGAGCUGCUGUGAAAACAGAGGUAGCCACCGUGGCAGCGGCGGCGCCGGCUCCUGCUACUGGUGUAGAGCUGGGAUCGGUGGUUCCGUUUACGACAAUGCAAGGCGCUGUGAGCAGGAACAUGGUGGAGAGUCUUGUGGUUCCUACUUUUAGAGUCGGAUACACUAUCAACACUGAUGCUCUUGAUGCUCUUUACAAGAAGAUUAAGUCGAAAGGAGUAACAAUGACGGCACUACUAGCAAAGGCAACUGCGCUUGCACUAGCAAAACAUCCAGUUGUAAACUCGUCUUGCAGAGAUGGCAACAGUUUUGUGUAUAACAAGAGCAUCAACAUCGCUGUUGCUGUUGCUAUUGACGGUGGUUUAAUCACCCCGGUGCUUCAGAACGCCGAUAAGGUUGACAUUUAUUCAUUGUCUAGAAAAUGGAAAGAACUGGUUGAUAAGGCCAGAGCCAAGCAGCUGCAGCCUCAAGAGUACAACACUGGUACUUUCACUCUCUCUAACCUCGGAAUGUUUGGUGUUGACCGGUUUGAUGCCAUUCUUCCCCCUGGAACUGGAGCGAUUAUGGCUGUAGGGGCAUCACAACCUACAGUGGUUGCUACUAAAGACGGCCGCAUGGGCAUGAAAAGCCAGAUGCAGGUGAACGUGACGGCGGAUCAUCGUGUCAUUUAUGGAGCUGAUCUUGCACAGUUCUUGCAAACAUUGGCCAGCAUUAUUGAGGACCCAAAGGACCUUACAUUCUAG